CAAAGGAACCGACAGUAAUGAAAGAAAUGAAAGUGAAGGAGCACGGCAGCUGCAGCGCGAGUGAACUCGCAGUUACCGCUGCAGCCUCGUCGAGGCGGCCUCAGCAAAGGCAAUCAGGCGGGAAGAUGAAAGACAGAAGCACGAAUUGAAACCUCGCUGGCGAAACAAUGGCUGUGCUGUACCGUGCAGGACACUGUGCAGGCGGCGAUGCGGAUGCGCAUGGACGCAGCGAGCUGUCGCUGUCUCAGUCGACGUUGGCGGGGUGCAGACACGAGGCACGGCGGCUGUUACGUGCAUGUGCCACAGCAUUCUGGUCGCUACCGCCAGAGGCAGUGAUGAUGGACCGUUCACUUUGCAACUCGUUCGAAGAUGCAGUUAUACCAAUCAUGGCCUGCAUCAUUGGCGGGCCGCCGCACAGGCCGCAAGAAGCGAUGAUGAACGCAGAUGAACGCGGUGCCACGGCUGCGGGAGGGAAGAACAAGCUUAUUCACGGCCACAGCCUUGGCCACGAGUUCCUCAUUCCGCUCUUUAUGUAAUAGUCUUCGAAGCAUCUGCGAACCAGCUUCCACGACCUUCGGGAGUCUCCGCAUGACCAGUCUGCCCUAGUGAGACGCGGCGGUUUCCUGCGGCCUUCGUCGGAGUAGACGGAGUAGACGCGCCCUAAGCAACGUCUUUGUCAGUAUAUAAGAUACAUCUGGAGCA